CGCACACACAAUCUCGCUGACUAGAUAACUACACAACUGCACUUUUUCCAGUCACAUUUUGAAAGCGAUGUUUGUGAAUGACCUCAAUUCUCAAAUUUUUAGAUGACAUUAAUAGGGUUUUUUUUGUCGUGCAGUUUUUCUCCCGCGUGCUUAGGGAAAUACUUUCUAGGUCUUAUUCUAGUCAAAGAGAACCCAGUGUCCUGCACAUCUUAGUGUUUUCUGUUAAUUAGCUGGUUAAUUGGAUCAGGUGUGCUGGGAUCAGGGAAAACAUUCAAAUGCGGUCUUUCACGCAAAGGGGUGUUUUAGCGUUGAGAUUAUUUUGUUGAGUUUGGUAUCUUUGGGAAUACUUUCAUCUGAGGUGAAGUGAUAGGAGCUGGUGUGAUAAGUAGGAGUGCGCUUGGACCUGACCCUCAGUCCAGCAUCUUCUCGGAGUCUGAGUCAGUUCAUCAUGUUUUUGCGGAUCUUUCUUGUCUUUCUCUUCGUGGCUGCUUUCACAAGAGCGGCUACUGUUCCAAGUGAGGCACGGUCAAUGGAGGCUGUUUGUGAAAGAUACACCCUCCCCAUGUGCACGCGCGAGUAUGACCCUGUGUGCGGCUCCGAUGAGGAGACCUACCCAAACGAGUGCAUGCUCUGCUUUGUAAAUGUGCAACAUCAUCUCAACACUUACAUAGUCAAAAAAGGGGAAUGUUGAAACACCAACAGUGUUCAAAUGUGUUUUGAGCUGGAAUUAUAGUGCAUGUCUCUUUUGAUUAAUCUGUGAAGACAGUUUUUAAUUUUUCCAUAUUUGUCCUUUACCCCUGUUUUGGCUUUUAACUUUCAAUUAUAUAUGGAAGACGUGAAGAUUUCUGCCAGAUCCAGUGCAUAGAAUUGUAUUGUCUGUAAUCUUAUGGAGCUGUCGAAGUCCAUGCUCAUUAAGGGCCUUUUAUUUACAAUUGUAGGUCACCACAAUAAACUUUUAACAUUUUUUUUUUUUUUUUUUUUUGUACAUUUUCUGAGUAUAAACAUCACAAGUGAAAGGCUUAUUUAUUACUAAUGUGGCAGGUAUUGGUGUAUCUAGGUCUCUCCGUCCAAGCACCCACUGUAAAUCCCAUGCAUUAUGCAUGUCGUUAUUUUAGUAACUGUUUAGUACUCUGUCCUCUAGAUCAUUUGUGUCCACCUUUUAGUUCACAGCCUAGUUUCAUUCAUAAGGUCACACAGUUUACGCCACCCAUGCUUCGGAACAUUUGAUAGGCUCAGAUUUGACAUUGCAGAGGAAUGUUAAGUCACGUUGUGUAAUUUGUUGCCCAUCACACAGGACAAGCAGCCUUGUAGCAUAUAAAAGAAACAUUAUAAGAACUGGACUAAAUUACACAGCUGUUCUUUUCAACCCGGACAAAAUCAACAUUUUAAUAUGGAAAAUACAAGAAUAAGGUGUAUAAGGAAUAAAAUGCAUAUUGCUUGAAUGCCGGCAGA